UCGGCAGCCUCGCAGUUAGCACCGAGCAGCCAUCAAGCUUACUUGGGGCCGUCUAAACACGUCGGUGUUUACAUAUACCGCGGUGGUAUGAUGGCCGUCCGCGUGUUUAUUAACCCCGUUAUUAUUCUACACCACGAUCACCCGCUGCUGCUGCUCCUCGAUCACUCUACGCGGCCGCCACGCGGUGGUGCAGUUUUUAGGCGCUGCGCGCUCCAUGCUCGCGUGUAAAAAAACACACGACACGCACGCACGCACGCACACUCGACACACACGCAAACACGUACAUAAAUACAUACAUACAUACGCUCACCCACCCACAUUUUGUAUAUAUAUAUAUAUAUCCACACGUAUAUACCAUAUAUACAUACACGAAACGCAACGACAUACACCCACCCACGUAUCACAUGUACAUGUAUGUAUAUACAGUUCGACGUGUGUGUAUACAAGUCUCCUGUGUAUAUAAUAUGUAAUAGUAUAUUGCAUGUAUACAUGCACACGUGUGCAGUGCGCGUACACGCUCGUUGAGUAAACUGGAUUUAACGCGGCAGUUGCACUGAUAAUAAUCGUUACAAUAACAAUAAUAAUAAUAAUAACGACAACAACAACAACAACAACAACAAUAACAAUCAAGUUGACAAGUUUCUUAAUGAAUUUCUAACGGUCGGUUUUUAUUUUCUUUUCUUUCCUCGUUCUUUAUUCUUCCCAUAUCUCUAUCUCUCCUCGACGUCGUGGUCGUUGUUGUUGUUGAUGACCCCCCCCCCCCAUCGUGCAUCGUCUGUCUACCGACCUGUUUUAACACUGUGAAUAAUUAAUUAUUCUGUGCCCGCGUGUGCCUGUGUGUCAUCGUCAUCGUUUCACCAUCAUCAUCAUCUUCGUCGACGUCUCUUGUACAACGUAGUUUUGUUUUUGACAGAGAAAAAUGAAUAAUUAAUAAAAGUAAGAAGGAAAUUCGUCGUCGAACGAGUUUUGUGAACGAAAAGAAAAACAAAUGCAGAAAGGACGUGGGAGGAGAAUAGUUGUGACCAAUAAGUUUUUCGUUACUUUUAAUUUAAAUUCUUUCGUUUUUUCCCGUUAGUCAUACCAUAAAAAUGCGCGUAUGUGAUUUUACGCUAAUAAUGUCGUCACGGUGUGAAGUGUGAAGAAGAAGAAGAAAAAGAAGAAGAGGAAGAUAACGAGAGGAAGAAGGAUAUUGAUUCGAUACAUGUACAAGAAUUGGCGCAUUAAUACAAAGUGUGUGGUGAUCCUGUUUUGUUUCGUUUUGUUUUGUUUAUUUCGGUUUAUUAUCCCUCGGAGAGCAGUGGUGUCGGUUAAUAAUCGUGCUCCUGCCGUCGCCUAUUCUCUAUUCACGGGGAAAUAAGGAAGCAGAGGCGGGCAUUGAGUUCGGCGAAACGUCGAGACAAAGCCGGACUCUCGCCUCCUGAAGCCGACGCCGCGGACGCCGACGCCGAUAACGAGAGGACGGGAUAAAAGACAAUCGGAGAUCGGCCGAUCGGAGGCUCGAGCUAAUCGUAAGCCGAGCGCAAUAAUGCCGCACGUCAGCAGCAGCGGCGGUGGCGAUGAUCUCGGAAGCAAGGACGAGGUCAAAAUUUUCAAGGAUGAGGGCGAGGACGAGAAACGAUCCUCGGAGAACCUCACCGAGGAGAAGAGCUCCCUUAUCGACCUCACAGAGUCGGAGGAAAAAGGAUCACUCUCCGGAGGCAGCUACUCGACGGGAAAGACGACGGCCAGGUCGGACCUCAGCCCCGUUUACGGAAAGGUGGACCCUACUCCUCAUACCUCAUCGUUCAACAUGGGCUACCUCGUAUCACCGUACUCUUACCCAAACGGCGCUGGAGGACACAUCCCCGUCUCUAUGGCGAGCAAGAUGGGCCUGGCCGGCACUCACCCGAGUGGUCUACCCUUCUUUUGCCCGAACGGUGAUCACCUGUCUCAGCCACCCCCGGCGCACAUGGGAAUUCCACCCUAUGGCACGCUGGACGUGAGCAAAGCGGCCGCGGCCGGUCUGGCAAGGGCGCCGAUAUACCCCUUUCCGACUGGCCAAUACUCGUACCCGAUGCUCAGCCCGGAAAUGACGCAAGUCGCCGCAUCCUGGCACACCCCGAGCAUGUAUCCCAUAUCUCCUGCCAGCGCUGGAUUUCGGAGUCCCUAUCCAACGGGAUUACCGAUCACCAGUUCAAGCUUACCAAGCGAGCUGUACAGAUUUUCACCAACCGGCCUCAUGCCUCCACAUCCUGGACUCAGUCCGCACGCACACGCGUUGGCCUCACAUCCGCUGGUCUCUUCUGCCCCGAAGCCGGACCAUUCUACCUUGGAUCACAAUCACAGGUCUACGAUAGAUCAGAAAAAUUCUACGUCUUUAGCAACAGAUAACACAAAAAAUCAAGACACGGGUCAACAGAAUAAUCAAGAUAAAAAGAAACCCCAUAUAAAAAAACCACUCAACGCGUUCAUGCUCUACAUGAAGGAGAUGAGGGCGAAGGUUGUAGCCGAGUGUACGUUAAAGGAGAGCGCUGCUAUUAAUCAAAUAUUGGGAAGACGAUGGCACUCGCUAAGUCGGGAGGAGCAGGCGAGGUAUUAUGAGGCUGCCAGACAGGAGCGCCAUCUUCACCAACAGCGCUACCCUGGCUGGAGCGCGAGGGAUAACUACGGAUAUGGAAGCAAGAAGAAGAAGAGGAAGAAAGAGCGCUCCGCAGAUCCCACCGGAGGUAAUAACAUGAAGAAAUGUCGUGCCAGGUACGGACUAGACCAACAAAGUCAAUGGUGUAAACCUUGCAGACGUAAGAAGAAAUGUAUCAGGUAUAUGGGGGAGGGAGGAGAUGGCGAUGGCGACGGUGACGGAGAUGGGGACGGAGAUGACGAUCAUUCGGAGGACAACCUGGGCAGCGUAGGGGAAGCGGGCACUCCUGAAGAAGAUGAGUCGCUGAGCAGUCCCGGAGGACUUUCGGCUCUUUCUAGUCUGGCCAGCCCGUCGCUGGUAUUGCCUUCGCCUUCGAGCUUAGCCAGCCCGUGUCCGUGUCCCUUAACGCCUCCGGUGCCUCCUCCGCCUCUGCCUCAGAUUCAAGCUCAGCCAGCGCCUCCUCAUCGGAACCCGGUUGGCACCAAUCCCCAUGACAUCAACAAUCCGCUCAGUGUGAACCAACUGACAGGACAGUGUAUAAAAAGUGAUGUGGGACCUGCCCCCUCGGGCCCAUCUAAUCCUGCUAUCAGUGUCACGUAGCCCUGGGCAGCCCCAAGUGACAAAACUAUAAUAUUCGGUGUCAUCGGGGUUCAACUACGUUUAAGUUCAGAAAGGCUGGAUAAUCGUAACGUUUGAAACUAGCUUGUUUUUUUCCUUAAAACACUUACGAUUUCUUUGCUUUCCGCGUUUACCUUCUUGCUUUUGCUAAUGGUCAAAGAGAUGGAUUGGAAAAGCAUGAAUAAGUCGAAAAAAUGAAGUCAUUUGACGAACCAGUUUAAAAAUAAUGCAUUGAAAAUAUUCUUUUCAUUCGGGCGGCGCAAUAAUGUGUUGAUUUUGCAAAAAUUCAAUUUACAAGGAAGAGAGGAGGUGGUGUUAACAUUUACGCCGCCUCUUGGCCAGUAUACCGUAUACUGGCUAAGCUAUAGUCAAAUAAAUAUAAACGUCGGUUAUUUGAAUAUACAUUAAAAUCACUGGCAGUCUAAAAAUUAAAUUGAACUUCUGGUAUGCUAGAAAUGAAAAAGUACUAAUCGAUCCAGUCCGUUUUUCCUUUCAGCCUCUGAAUUAGAAAAUUUCACUUCUUGUUUGUCGCAAAAUUUCGUCUGUAAAAUAUUUCGUUUCUACUCAGCUCUGACUUCACUUUUACCCAAUAUUUUUGAACAUUUCAAAGUAAAUGAGUAGUAAGUUGGAAAAAAACAUGAUGACGAAUAAUUAUUUGGAAAUAUGUGUCCAAUAUAGUUUUGAAACACUUAUAAUUAUCCAGCCUUUUGCAAAUAUCCACUUGUAAAGACAGUGUCUAAACAACCAAACACACACAUAUGAACAAUGUAAUGAUGAAAAUGAUGCAGAAAUACUCAGGACCAAGUGUCUGGCUGUAGUUAAUCGCUCGAUAUUCAACUGCAUUGAUGAUGAAAGACUUGAAGUGUAGUGUGAAGUGCGUAUACUGCAGCUCGUAGUCCUUGUUACGUUGUGAUGCCAAUGACUGACAUGUCAUGUUCCUGUGCCAGGUACUAUAUUCUAUAAAUAAUUAUAUCACAAGAGAAAACACAUAGAUAAAAGAAGAAAAUAAUUAAUUAAUUAAGUAAAUAGCGUUUAUCAUUCAUUUAUUCAACGUCAUUGUGUCAAAAUAUCUAUCUUCUGUAUGUAAUUUGUUAUUUUUUUAAAAGUCUAUACAAUUGAUUAAUUAGCAUAAGAUCUCUUUAGUGCGAAGUCGUUAAUUUAAGGCUGUUUUUAGAAUAUCAAUCACCCCCUUUCUUACCAUCUCCCAUCCCCCUUCAACUUGACGAUAAUAGCUAUAUAAUUGGCAGAUGUCUUACCAAUGUUGUAAGUAUUUUUUUUUUUUUAAUUUCUCUCUGUCUCUCUCUCUCUCUCUGGGUUUUGUCAAAUUUACCCGUUUUGUUCACCAAAUCUAUCCGUGGAUCUCCGUAGCAUAAUAUUAUGGGCCAUACUUAGAUGAAUAUUGACAAUUUAUCUAACCAAUCGGUGAUUUUUUGUAUUAAUUCAGAACUUCUUUUCAUUCUAAUUCUUAAUAGAAUCAUCUGAUGAUACAGUAAUUAUUCCGCUUUUUGCUAGCUUUGCGAUACAAGGUCUCGGCUAUUUUCAAAUAAUACGAAACUUUCCUAAACGAAAAUUGUGAGAUUGUCUUGAAUUAUCAACAAAUGUACCUCUUUCGUUCGUAAUGUUUCGUUAUUUAAAGAUUUCAUCUGUAUUGAAGAUUUGGAAAGUCACUUCUGUAACGUUUCUUUUCUAUCUUUUAUUUUCUUUAAACUUUUUCUUUCCCUCAAGUGUCACUGACAUUGUACAAGGGUAAGAGGGAUUUUUUGUUUUUUAUCUUCAUCCGGCAGAGCAAUGAACAUUUCUCACAUACAGAGGUGUCAGGGAGAUAUUUUCUUUUUUACCGAAAGAUUGGAGAUACAAACAUUUCAUCUUGGGAUUCUCAAGGCCUUUACAUUCUUACACGAAAGAUAAUACAAGAAAUAUUUUAUGAUAUCAACGAUACACUCUACCAUAUUUUUUUGAUUUAAUUUCAAACGAGUUCGAAGAGGAAAAAAAAAUUUGUUUUCAACAAUUAUUAACGAAAUACAUUGUAAGAUGAUUUUAUGUUAUGAUGUUUAGAAUAUAUUUUAAACGUUCGAUUUAUUUGGUAUAGUACUUUAUUUGUAGAUUGUGUGGAGCUUGAAUGAAAGUUAUAAAAUUAUUACAUCAUUGUUACACGUACAAUCAUGUAAAAACGUUCAGUUCCAGAUUUUCAAUAACUUUAUACAUACGUUAGUAGUUUUUAAAUCUUAAAAUUUCAGUUCUAGGUCUUAUGCAAAUUUAUAUAUACAGUUACAUUAUAUAUCUCUGACACCUUGAUCCACAUCGUCCGUGAAAUAUUAUUCUGUUUCGUUCUUCUUGAUAGAAUUUUAAUGACAGUUUGUACAUUAUAAAUGUUAAAUUUGAAUUCUUUUAAGAGUGCAAUAAGUAAUUAUUAUUUACCUAUACAGUACUGAUAGAGCUCGUACGAAUUUCGACCAAUGAAAGGGUUGCUCCACCGAUCAUCUUCCGCCAAUCAUAUGACGCAUUCUUAUGUUUUUCAAUUUUACUCUUCUGAAGUACUAACAUCGAGAAAAUGUUUUUCUGUUGAUUGUAUGUCGACUAUUUAGACCAUUUCCUUCAUCUUGUUGAUUAAUCUUCUCCGUUUUAUUCUUCAUAACCAAAUCAUGGCCGUAUUUAUCAUUUGCUGCAUUUAUAUCCCUGGGUCUACAUAUGUACUACUGAAGAUGAAGUAUUGUACUUUUUCAUGUUUGUAGCUCAGGAAAAACCUUUCACAUUUGUUAAUUAUUAAUAAUCUUACAAUAAACAGUUUUCUCUUUGUAUUUCAAAUUUGUGUUACAAAGCAAAAACAUGUUCCAUACUUCAUUUCGCGAGCCUCUACUGUACUGUAGUAUAUGAAGGAAAAGAAAAGAAAACCCAAGGUUAAAUAUAUUUAAAAAAUAAUAGCCUCCUUUAAUAAAAAUUCGUUACGUAAUCAUUAAUCGUUGAUUUUUUUUUUUUUUGCACAGUUUUUGGUGCAACUUGAAUUUUUUCCCAUCACCGCGAAUGUGAAAAGAAUAAAAGGAGGGGAGCAAAAAGUGAACAGAAUGCAAUAGAGAUUUUACACAAUUGUUUGAGUGAAUAUCUAUGUUUAUACAAAUAGCUGCUUGUGUACAUACAUACAUGAUAUAUAUUUUAAGGUGCAUUUAUUGUCAAGAUGGGAAAGUGCAAUGGAGGAAUUAUUAAGUAAAAAAAAGAGGGACGAAAAACUUGUAUAUCACACUGUACACAAUAGAAAACGAUUCAUAGAUGUAUCUAAGCUAACGAACGAAACAAAAAAAAAAAUCGUGGAAAUUCUUGACUGAAUCCAAUGUUUGUAAUAAUGAUUAACAUGUAUACGUUGCUGCGAGACCACGUAAACAUCGAGAAUAAUAUUCUAAACGUGCCAUAAGAACAUCAUGCCAACAUUAUAUAUGAAUAAUAGAUAUUUUUACAAUAAUUAUUUUGAUCCAAUGGCAUCAUCUGUCGGCCGAUGCCGUAUGUAUUCUUGAGGUGUGCAAUUUUCUGAGCUUUUGUUACAAAAAUAAAAUAAUAAUAGCAAUAAAAAUAAGUAAAUCCUAACAAUA